AUGCUUGUUUUACGCAAAGAAUCACCAGAAGAAUACUUAGAUGAGAUCAGAAAAGAAAAUGCACAAAAUUCAAAAAACUGUUUCGGAAUUCCUACAUUAUGUUCAGCGAUUCAUAAAUUCCGCUCAGCCUAUUUAGUCGAGGAACUAUUGAAGGACGGUGCUACGGUCAAUGCAUUUACUUGUAUGAAAGGAUUGAGGUUGGAUGAAAUUACAAGAAACAGGUAUAGACAAUGGGGAGAUUAUUCUGCCAUCCAUCUAGCCGUUUCGCUGGGACAACACGAAAUUGUUGACUUAUUGUUGACCCACGGAGCCGAUUUGACAUCGAAGACAACUAAAGGAAUUUCAUCUCUACAUUUCGUCCUUGAUCCGCCUCUUCGUUGCGGACCGAACGAAAUACAAAUUACUGAAAAGGAUGACUUAGAAAUUUUAAAAAUAAUGAAAAAUGAAGCCCUGGACUUAACUAGGAAAGACCAUAUUUCACAAUCAACUGUUCUGCACAGAGCAGUUACUUGGGGAUGCCUUGAAAUUGUACGAUACCUAAUUUCAGUCGGAGUUGAUGUGAAUUGCACUGAUCGGACGAGUAGUACACCUUUGCAUCAUUGCACAUGGAAUAAUAUGGAAAUCCUAAGGAUUCUUCUCGAAAAUAACGCAAAUCCGAACGCUAAAAACGAAUUGGGCAAUACCUUCUACCAUCAUAUAUUUGGGCAUUACCAACGUGAAGGGAAAGAAAAUCUUCUCCGUUUUCUACAUUUGUUGCACAAGUUCAAUGCAAAUCCAAACGUCCAGAACGAUGGUGGUGAGACAGCUUUACACAAAUGCCUUCAAAGUAUUGGAGAUUUGCAUAAUCAGAUUAAAUUGGUAGAUUUUAUGUUACGACAAGGAGCCGAUCCAAACAUUAAGGAUAUUUUUGAAAGAACGCUGAUCUAUCAUCUUCUUCUUCUUCCAAAUUCCGAUAUGUUACAUUUGAUACGAUCAUUGUUAACUGCACUUAUUCAGUUUGGGGCGAGGUUAGAUCAUCUUGACAUCACAGGCACUCCAUUGCUUCAUAUCUUAGUAUACGGUCACUUAUUUCAUCCCAACCAAUUUGACGCGCAAUUGUGGAUUAAAAUUCUUCAUCCGAAGUACAAAGUUAACCUCAAUGUACAAGAUUAUUACAAUCGUACAGCACUUCAUCUAGCUGCAGCUGAAGGUGACUGGAAACUCUGCGAGGUCUUUUUGAAGCAUGGAGGAAAUUUGGAUAUUUUGGAUUGUGAUAGUAACACACCUCUGGAUGUCGCUGUAUUGUGCAAGCAAUGGGAAUUCGCUAAGAAUGUGCUCCUCUGGCCAUUUGUAGUUGGUCAACGGAGAGAUUUUGGAGGGAAACAGGCUUCGGGACGUAUUGAUGAACAUAAAACUAAGAAUACAAUAUCCAACGGCAACUCUGGAUGCGAAAGUCUCCUUUUCAGAAGUUUAGCACUGGCUAACUACAAUGACAACGACAACAACAACACCAGCAACAGCAACAACAACAACAACAACAACAACAACAACAACAACAACAACAACAACAACAACAACAACAACGACAACGACAACAACAACAACGACAACAGCAGCAACAACAACAACAGCAACAACAGCAACAACGACAACAGCAACAACAACAGCAACAACAACAAUGACAACAGCUACAACAACAACAGCAACAACAUUAACAAUAACUCGUUGCAUUUCAAUAACCAAACCCAAAGGCACUCUGGUGCGCUUAGGCAACUACAAAGAAGUAACAGCAUGCCCUCACUUGAAUCAAAGAAGCGAGGUGGAACAAGCGUUAUCCUUUUAGGAUCGAACGUGAAAUGGACGACAACCAAGCUUGAUACGGUAGCAAAACUUGUUGCGAUAGAGGGCAAUGAUUUGUAUUUCACAACUAGACCAUAUGAUCCGUGCUUUUGGGAGAUUGAUUUGAGUCCCGAACCGAAAAUAGCCGAAAAUUUUACAACACAGAUAAAUGAGGCUUCUUUGUUGCGUUUGUGUGAGGAGAACAGCCUGGAAUUUCACUUGACGAAGGCGUGUGGAGAAGAGCACUGCUUACUUGCUCAGCAAGUGUUCAGUUUGGUGAACGACUUGCUAACGAAAUGUUCAGAAAUGGACCCAAGGAUGAAGAGCAAAUUCCACUGGACUGGCAGCAGCUCAGAAGGAACAAAGAUGUGGUUACCAGAUGAAUUUGAUUUUGUAAUGGAGUUGGUUGAAUUGCAAGACUGCUGUUAUAUCAAGGAUAGUUUAAG